CGCGGCUGAUCAGCUGUUAAUUGUUCAGUUUCCAGGUUCAUGGGUUCAUCUCAUUUGUUUAACAAUUUAAAUAAAUUCAUUUGGAAUUAAAUUCAUUUUGUUCAACCCUUUAGGUUCAAUGUAACCAGAUACAUUUGGCAACAUGGCGACUCGACUUGAUAAGCUUGAUUAUCUUGCUCUAGAUCAACAGUUAUCUCGUUCCUUUUAUGAUCAACUUGAACAAUCUUUAAAACCAUUGGAACAAAAUUUCAACAUCUUCUCUUGGAUUAAACCAGAGUUUCGUUUAAUUUUAAAUGGUUACCUUUAUUUUAAUUCAUUGUUUUCUGAUGAAUCUACAUUGGGACAAAAGAUUUAUAAUCUCAAAACAAUUAGUACAUUAGCUAAUUCUAAUGGGACCUUGAAUAGGUUACAAGUUUACUCUAUUGGUGCCAUAACUGUUCUGUUACCUUAUAUACGUGAACGGUUUUCUCGUUCAAGCUUAUUGAAUAAUAAGUUUACCUAUUUAUUGGAAGAUGUUGUUAAAUUUGGAGAGUUAAUUAAUUUCAUGAUUUUCUUACAAAAAGGUCGACAUCCGUAUCUAUUGUAUCGACUACUUUUUUUGGACUGUGCUCUUAUACCGGGAAAGAAAAGGAUCCCUUUAGAUUUUUAUCUAAUCAACAGGAAUCUUUUAUGGACUUCAAUUUCAGAGAUAUUGUCUUUCCUCAUUCAAAUAGUUGAUUUUAAACGAAUUGGAUUAAUUGUCAAGCAACAAGUUACUUCUAAAUUGACUUCGUCUGUUAAGUUAUCAAAUGAAGAGACCAGGAAACCCAAAGAUUACCGGAUAUGUGCAAUUUGUGACAAUUGGCCCAAUAAUCCGUAUCACAUUGGAUGUAAACAUAUAUUUUGUUAUUUUUGUAUCUACUCUGACUUUUUACAAUAUGGCGGAUCAAGUUAUUCUUGUUCACAAUGUGGACAUAAAAUAGAUGAUAUAUCUCAAAUGAAGCAACUCUACAUGAGUUGGACUGAUGUCUAACAUACAGUUCAUCUCAAGGUCCAAAUUUUAACGACAACAUGACCACCAAAUUUUUCCAUCUCAUAAUUUUUUUCAUCCAACAAGAAUUGGAACAAUACCAAAUGAGAUGACCAAUAACGGUAAAAGAUAAUAUUUUGGUACCAGAAAUGAGACUGAAGAUGUUAAAUCCACCGUAUCAUUACAUAAACCAUGAAUCCAUGAA